UUCACUAUUUGAUCAACCUGUGCCUGAUCUAUUAAUUCGGAUCUAUAAUCAGGUGAACAUUCCAAUUCUAUCACUUCCACACCGUAUUCUUUAAUUUCUUCCAUAAUUAGCAAGUCCAUAAUUGGCAGAUCGAAUCAACACUCUUCAAUGGAGUAGAGAUGAAUUUUGUCCAUGAAGGAUGGAUCUCUUCAUGUGCACUGUACGAUUUUCAAAAUGACUUUCAUGUGGAGUGUAAGUUAUCCAACAAUGCAAGGGUUCAAAGCGAAAUUUAGAGUUGCAGCUGUAAUUAUUAUCUGCACAUGGAUCGGUCUUGCUGGUUUGUAUGGUUUGCUGAAGCCAACUUCUACUAGUUGUAUCAUGACAUAUAUGUACCCUACAUACAUUCCAAUCUCCUCUCCAAAAAAUGUAUCAGCAAAGUAUGGGCUAUAUUUGUAUCAUGAAGGAUGGCAGAAGGUUGAUUUUGAUGAGCAAGUUAAGAAGCUUAGUGGUGUUCCUGUUCUUUUCAUUCCUGGCAAUGGUGGUAGCUACAAACAGUUACGAUCAUUAGCAGCAGAAUCUGAUCGUGCAUAUCAAGGAGGCCCUCUGAGGCGGACAUUUUACCUGGAAGCGUCAUUAAUGCUUGAAGAGGGAGAAGUAAGUAUGGACGUGGCUGGAUUUCCAUUACCCAACCAAUACGAUUACAUGCUGGAUUGGUUUACUGUGGAUCUUGAAGGUGAGCAUUCUGCAGUGGAUGGUUGGAUACUUGAAGAGAACACAGAAUAUGUAGUAUAUGCCAUUCACAAGAUUUUAGAUCAAUAUAAAGAGUCUCGUGAUGCUCGGGUAAGAGAAGGUGCUGCGAUCUCUGGGAAUCUGCCAACAAGUGUGAUAUUGGUUGGUCACUCUUCGGGUGGUUUUAUUGCUAGAGCUGCCGUUGUCCACCCAUAUUUAAGGAAGGCAGCGGUCAACACUGUUGUUACACUUGCAAGCCCACACCAGUCAUCUCCUGUGGCAUUGCAGCCAUCCUUGGGUCACUAUUAUUCACAUAUAAACCGGGAAUGGAGAAAGGGAUAUGAGGUCCAAACCUCUCGAAAUGGACAUUAUGUAUCUGAUCCUCCACUCUCUCAUGUUGUUGUCAUCUCUAUUUCCUGUGGCACUAGUGAUUACAAGGUUCGGUCAAAGAUGGAAUUGCUUGAUGGUAUUGUGCCUCCUACCCAUAGUCUAGUGAUCAGCACUUCCAGCAUGAAAAAUGUAUGGUCGACAAUGGAACAUGAUGCUAUUUUAUGGUGUAAUCAAAUAGCUGUGCAAGUGUCACAUGCUCUUCUUAGUUUGAUUGAUUCCAAGACAGGUCAACCAUUUUCUGACCCACGACAUAGACUUGCAAUAUUUACAAAAAUGCUUGGUAGCGGGAUACCUCAAAUUUUUAAUUCGUUGAGGCAAUCCCAUUCAUUUCAGCAGUCAACGCAUCUUUCGACUCAGGAUGGAAAAGAACUUGCUGGACCCCAGUUGCACACUUUAUCUGCUUCAGCUUGUCCGAGUAAUGUUCAUUGGAGCGAUGAUGGCCUUGAAAGGGACCUAUAUAUUCGUACGGACACUAUUACUGUUCUAGCAAUGGAUGGGAGGAGGCGAUGGCUGGACAUUCAGAAAAUGGCGUCAAAUGGGAAAAGCCACUUCAUUUUUGUUACAAAUCUUGCUCCGUGUUAUGGUGUUAGACUUCAUCUUUGGCCUGAAAAGGGUAUAUCAGCUGCAGACUUGUCCGUUAGUCAAAGGGUUGUGGAAGUGACAUCAAAGAUGGCGGAAAUUCCGUCAGGACCAGUUCCACGUCAGAUUGAACCAGGUAGUCAGACUGAACAAGCACCUCCUUCUGCUGUGUUUUGGUUAAGUCCUGAAGAUAUGCGUGGUUUCAGAUUCUUGACAAUCUCAGUUGCCCCUCGUCCGACGGUUUCAGGCAGACCUCCACCAGUAGCUUCAAUGUUAGUUGGGCAGUUCUUCAAUCCAGAAGAAGGGGAGAAAGAGUUCUCUCCUCAAUUGUUGCUUCUCUCGGCUUAUUCUCAAAAGAAUAUGGUGAUGGAGGAGGAUCAUCCUCUUGCUUUCAAUCUGUCAUUCACUAUAAGCUUAGGCCUUUUGCCUGUUAAAUUAUCUCUAGAAACUACAGGUUGUGGAAUAAAGAAGUCCGGGCUUCCAAUUGAAGAAGCUGGUGACCUGGAAAAUAGCCGACUAUGCAAACUGCGCUGUUUCCCACCUGUUGCACUUGUUUGGGAUACUACUUCGGGGCUUCGCAUAUUUCCCAAUUUGUAUUCUGAGACAAUUGGGGUGGAUUCCUCACCUGCACUUUGGAGUUCAACUCAGGGAUCUGAGAAGACCACUGUUUUGUUACUAGUUGACCCACAUUGUUCAUAUAAAAUUAGUGUUGCUGUCUCCAUCACUGCAGCAGCAAGCAGAUUUUUGCUUUUGUACUUUGCGCAGAUUCUUGGUUUCUCCAUUGCUGUUGUUUUUUUCGCUUUGAUGAGGCAAGCACAUGCAUGGGAAUUUGAUCAGCCUCUACCCUCAAUGCUGUCUGCAGUGGAAUCAAAUUUGAGAAUGCCAUAUCCAUUUCUGUUCCUAGCCAUUUUACCCACUGUGAUUGCCUUAUUCCUUUCCUUCCUAAUGUAUCAGUCGUUCCCUCCAUUUGUUAGCUUCAUCAUUGUGUCGCUGGUUUGCUAUUUAUUUGCAAAUGGGUCUAUAAUAAUUUUGAUCUUGAUCUCGCAACUGAUCUUCUAUGUGGCUGCCACAACACAUGUUUUUGUCAAGACACGGUGGGAAGUGUGGAAAAGAAACUUUUGCUUUGUAUUUAUCCGCUGGUUCUUUAAUCUUUCCUCUGGUUUCUUAUCAUUUAGGGUAGUAAGGGUCCUAAGAGCCAAUCCAUUGCUUCUAACAGCACUGGCUGCAAUUACUUUGGCGUGCUUUGUUCAUCCAGCCUUUGGUCUAUCAAUAUUGCUCCUAUCUCAUGUUUUCUGCUGUCACAAUGCACUCUCCAGUGUUUUGACGGCUUCCUUUCGCAGUCAUGCCCGAAACAAGGAGUUAACUGAUUCCAGAAGAAAUUGCAAUGAUGGGUCUGAGCAAAUUGCAUACAGACUUGGUGGUGGAUUCAACCAACAUUUUCCUGCAGAUGUGAAUAAUUCCAGCAGUCCAGAUGCAGCAAGAAGCUUUGGUGAAACCCAAUUAGAGAUCUUCCACCACCGGCAUGGUUUGCUGAUCUUACAUCUUCUCGCAGUACUCCUAUUUGCCCCCUCAUUUGUGGCUUGGUUGCAGAGAAUAGGUAUGGGUUACAGCUUCCCAUCAUCCUGGGAUUCAGCUCUUUGCAUUGGGGUCAUCCUCCAUGGUAUAUGCGAUUCAAAGCCUGAGUUUGAUGUCUUCUCAUUUUCCUUUCCGGUUAUCCCGGGCAGGGAAGUAAGACUGAGUUUCGCGUAUCUGGUUGCUGGAUACUAUUCCUACCUCCAAGGCCUGGCGUUAGCUCCUUACAGAAUGUUUUAUGCCACGGCUACCAUUGGGGUUAUUUCAUUCGCUUUCAGGAUCAUACAGAAAAGGAAUAGGGAGAAAGGAGAGGCACAUUUUCGCAGGAGAAAACAUUCUCACAGAUACUGACACCUUCUUCCAAACAGCAUGCAUACUAGAAUUUUUAAUGGAGUUAGAUGCUUAGAAGGUCCUGUAUGUACAAUUUUCUGUAAUUUGAAAUAGUGAGAUGUACCCCACGGAUAUGGCUUCAGUUGCCACAGUUUUGCAAUUUGAAAUUUUCCACUCGUACAGCCCCAUUUUCAAAGGUGAAUUUAUAUAUAUGUGUGUGUGUGUGUGUGUAGACUGUAGAGAGAGAUUUUGUGAAUUUAUCUAUGUUUUGUGCGUUUUUACGAAUGAAAGAAACAUUCAGUUUUGCCAAUUAUA